AUGGGGAGGUUUUGGAAAGCUUUAGGGAUGUCUGUUCUAGUGUUGACACUUGGGGUUUUCUUUGUAGGGUUAGUGGAAGGAAGGAGAUUGGAAGAAACAACCAAUGUGGGUAAGGAGGGUUGUGAAGAAGGUGGUUAUGGUGGAGGUGUUGGUAAAGGUGGUGGAUAUGGAGGUGGAAUUGGUCAUGGUGGUGGUUAUGGAGGUGGAGUAGGAGGAGGUCAUGGAGGUGGUAUAGGAGGAGGACAUGGAGGUGGCGUCGAAGGUGGUCAUGGUGGUGGUAUUGGAGUAGGGCAUGGAGGUGGUUAUGGCAGCGGUGCUGGUGGAGGCUAUGGAAGUGGACAUGAAGGUGGUGGUAUAGGAGGUGGUUACAAAGGAGGUCAUGAAGGUGGUGUAGGAGGAGGCAUUGGUGGUGGCUAUGGAGGAGGUGGUGCAGGAGGUGGCACUGGGGGUGGCUAUGGAGGAGGUCAUGGAGUAGGAGGAGGUGUUGGUGGUGGUUAUGGAGGUGGCCAUAAAGGUGGUGUUGGUGGUGGUUAUGGAGGUGGCCAUCAAGGUGGUGUAGGUGGUGGAUAUGGAGGAGGUAUAGGAGGUGGCCAUGGAGGUGGAGUUGGUGGUGGAUAUGGAGGAGGUAUAGGAGGUGGCCAUGAAGGUGGUGGAUACAAAGGUGGUGUCGGUGGUGGUUAUGGAGGAGGAAAAGGUGGGGGUGUUGGCGGUGGAGUAGGUGGAGGGGCCGGUGGUGGCUAUGAAGGAGGACAUGGAAGUGGAGUUGGUGGGGGCUAUGGAGGUGGAAUUGGAGGAGGUCAUGGAAGUGGAGCUGGAGGCGGAGUUGGUGGCGGAUAUGGUCACGAAGGUGGUGCUAGUGGGGGAUAUGGAGGUGGCAUUGGAGGAGGGCACGGAAGUGGAGUUGGUGGUGGAUAUGGCCCCGGAGGUGGUGCAGGCGGAGGGGGCGGUGGAUAUGGCCACGGAGGUGGUGUAGGUGGAGGCAUUGGUGGCGGUUAUGGAAGUGGCCAUGAAGGAGGAUAUGGUGGUGGUUAUGGAAGUGGCCAUGAAAGAGGAUAUGGUGGUGGUUAUGAAGGCGGUGUUGGUAGUGGUACAGGUGGUAGCUAUGGAGGUGGUGCAGGUGAAGGACAAGGAGGAGGACAUGGAGGUGGUGGUUACUAA